GAUUGGUGUGUGGGUGUGGAUUAUAAUGUGGAUGAUUCUCCUUUCAUUCAAUGGUCAUAAGUAUUAAAAGUGGCCAUCAUCCUUCAUGGAAUCAUCUGAGAAGCAAACUCCCAGGUCUGGCAAUGCCUCCAAAGACAGGUCUACUGAAGGUCGAACCACCUCACAUACCAAGAGAUCGGUUGGGAGGAAUGAGUGUCUAAAGGUUGAUGGACGCAUAUCAGUGAGUUCAAGAAGAAAAAAUCAUCCUGUAGUCAACAGAAGCAAAGUGUAUACGAAGCUUAUUCAGACCAAAUCUCAAAGUAAACUUCUCAAUGGUCGUGUUGCUAGCCGUCUUAGCAGACCAAAAUCGAGAAGAGGUUCAAAGGCUGUAUACGUCACCACAAGACCAUAUAGGCUUCGUACUUUAAAUAGAAAUUCCCAGUUAAAUAAUUAUGGCGAUGAAAUAUCACGGAAUAACUUCGAUUUUCCCAUUACUACUGGUAAGAAUUCAACUGAACCAAUUCAUUCGACCACUCAUUCGCACAAAAGAGAGAACCUCAAGCGACAGUAUCGUCGACCCACUUUGUCUUCGAGAAAAGCAAAUUCUAGAACCAAAAAGUCCCAUGGCAAUGAGUUAGCUACUGAUUUUAACACUGCACGUAAAAGGCAUGAAGCAUUUGUACGGGAUUUUGCCAUUGCGACUCAUCUGUAUAGGUAUCUUUCUCAGCGUCAUCGUGAUCGUCCAUUGUAUCUCAAUCGUAAUCUCAGUUAUUUGAAGUCAAGUACCCCCCGUAAACAAUUAUCGGUCCCGCGUUUAACUUUGAACAAACUUUUGGAUCGUUUCGUUGAAAGGCAAAAAAAUUGUAAACAGAAUGAUAUGAAAGCUUCUGAUAAGUGUUGUUCUUCAAUAACUGAAUGUGAAUGGCCUCAGGAAUUAGAACUAGCUUUCGAAGGUUUUUAUGAUAGCGAAAAAGAGCUGGAUUGGGUUACUGUAGAUGCUUCUGUUAAUGUCCGCUUGCGUUUUGGUUGGGCUUGGCGCAGAAAAAUAUGCCCAGAUGACACACUUUUGAAUAUAACUUCCAAUUCAAUUAAAAUGAAUUGCUAUAAUCAUUCAACCGGUGUCAGUUCGUUAAUUAACUCAGGUUCAUUACCUACUUCAAACAGCAUUGAAAAAGAAGACAAACGUAAAUUGCAGACAGACAGUAACAGUACUUGUCGUUUCUCCCUAACCAACUUAAUUGAUCAAGCCAAGUGGAAUACACCUGGUGGCAGAAUAACCGCUGCUCAAUUGGAAUUGCGUGUUUCCGCUGUUGAAAAACGUUGGCUGAAGCGUCCAAAUUUAAGUUGUUUAUCUGGUCUCAACGGAAUCAAUCAAAAUAUCUUGAACGGUUCUUUGAACCAUGUCGCAAAUCCCACUAACCACAAUGGUAUACCUCAAUCAUUAUCACAAGGAAAUAUUGACGUAAAAAAUGCAAGUCAAACACGUAUCAUUUGCAAUCCGUCCCGCAAAGGAGGCUUGAGUUCAGCUUCGUAUCCUGUUCAUUAUGUUACAGCUCCAUUGCCUUUGAUCGUACCAUCAAUUGAUUUCGGUUCAGGUAGCUCUAGCACUAGUCAGCAACUUCUCUUAACUCCUGGUGUGUAUGAAUUACGACUUGGUGUGGAUACUGAGGAUGAUCCGGUGAUGAGCAAAAGUGCUCCAUUGAAAUGCUUCACUGCUAUUAUGGAUGCAAAGUCUGAUAUUUCAACUACUGAAGAGGCUGACGGUGGAUGUGCAGGUCGUAUUGAAUGGAGGCGUAUUCGGUUUCCUAAAGUAUCUAAAGCACUAGAUGAGUAUUCCAGGUGGCCACGUCUUAGGUUUUCAGUUAUAUGGCAUCAUAAAUCAGAGAUUGAUCAAAUAACAUCACCCUAUCGACCGAUGGAAACUCGAAGACAAGACAAUGCCCAUACAUAUACUGAAGGUCAAUCUACACAUACAACGUUCACCACAAAUUCUCAUAAUCGAGAUGUAACCAAAUGUCAAAAUCAACUGUUUACUUCACAUGAUCCUACAAUUUCAAAGGAAACCUGUAACUCAAUUUAUUUGAAUCCAACUAUUUUAGAUAAAAGUCUAUCAGAUCGUGUACAACAGAGUCUUUCUGUAUCAUUUAUGUCAGAGUCUAAUAAGCUGAUAUCCAAAAAAUUGUUUUGGGUUCAUCCAGUUACGUAUAGUUUUAUAUAUGGAGGCAAUAUAGAACAAUUUUCUGAAUCUACUGACCUCAUAUGUCCUUGGUGCCAUUUGGAUUGUUCUCGAGCUGGUGACAAAGGUCAUGAAGCUUUACUUCUUCAUCUUCGAAGUUGUCAUCCAAGAUUUCGUUUCAGAGCUACAUGGAACUCAACACGGUCUCACUUAGGUGUGCUAGUUUCGUUGAAUGAAGCUUAUGAUGGGUCGAAUGAUUGUGGAUUGCGUAAAUGCGGUAGUGGUGUUCGAAAUAGUCGUGUCUUACAAUGGCAUACCAUUCCAUCUGGCCAAAUAGUUAAUGAUCAGACUAGUUUGGGUUCAGGCAGUAACGGAAAACACUCUGAUGGUCAAGAUUCACAUUCCCCAUCAUCCAGCAUAAUCGAAGCUACUGUCCGUAUUCGUUGCCCUGUUCGACGUUUACCUUAUACACAUUUGAUAUUUUGGCGUGGUGCUGAACGGUCAGCUCAUGAGCUUUUCGAUCCUACACUGUCUGUACGACCUAUGGUGGUUGGACAUAAUCGUGUUUAUUAUCAUACAAGUACAACUCAACCUAUUCGUGCUUGUGAAUUUGACACAGAUUCUGAGGCUGAAGAUGCUCCAGUCUGGCUUCGUCAACAUUAUCAGCGUAAAAUUGAAGAGUUCACUGAUGUGAAUCAAGUAAGUUUUCUUUUCUUUUGCUUGCUGUUUAGAUAGUCAUUUCAGACUAGUAAGUGAUUAUUAGCAAGUAAUUUAUACAUGCGAUUAGAAACACUGUAGAAAGCUUAGUUCAAUUUUUUAACCAUACCAGUACACCUGCACUGUGUGAAGUAGCACUUAUUCUGAUCAGGUCUCCUUCGAUAUUGUUUACCAUAUGAACUGGGAUCAUUUUUCCACCAAAUGAAUAUUAAUAUUUCAAUUAGUUAUGCUGUUUUGUGACAAGUAACUUCUGGAAUAAAACCAGGUGUUUGUGUUUACACAGAGUACAUACUCCGUGGUGAGAAGUUUGGCCAUGGUUUCCUGUGGAAACUAUCAGUUCUGUGUACAUACAUACACAGACCAUAAAAAAUAAUUGAGUUCACUACAGUUUCAUUGUUGAACAAUGCUAGGACAAAGACAUUUGCAGGAUAAAAUGAGCUCAUUUUAUUUCACAGCCUUUCAUCAAUUGGAAACAGCCUACAGUUGAAAUGAAGCAUUAGUAAUAAUGAUGAACUGUGGAGUGGGGGGGGGAUAGGAAACAAAAAUGAAUGUCAAAGAAGGGACUGUUCAAGAGCUAGUAAGUUACGUAAUUAUAUGAAAAACUGGAAAAUCUUUAAGUGAUUAACAAUCAGUAAGUAGUUAAUGAAGAGAUGGUGGAAUCAAAAAAGGAAAACUGCAUACAUACGCGCAAAAAUCAUAUACAGUUACCAAGGUAAAGAAAGGUUAAUUGCACUCUCUUUCUGAGUACAUAGGUCAGGUUGAAAAUGUUUAAUGGUGAGAGCUUCCACAAACCGUAAUAAACACAGCGUUCUUUGUUUGUUGAUUAUCCUGAAGGAUUGAGAAAUAUCUAUUUGAUAUCCUGUUUCCAUCGGAUGCCUAGUGAAUGCGCUUUUAAAGACCUUGCUACCUUUAGAUACAGGUUUCUGGGAGUAUGCUCAUAAAAGCGAGUAGACGAUCUUUUUUCGGUCCGUCAUAUGUACUUCCACAAGCACAGUUGAAUUGAUAUAUACAGUUGUAGGUGACGUGAGAUGGAUAUUUUUCUACCUUCGACUGUAUUAUUCAGCAUACUGUAUUGUAAACUAAGAUCGGUCCGGCAGCAGAGAAGCUCCUCAGUGCAGCUUUUAUUCUUCUGUUUAUUUUUUCAGGUGUCUCAUCACCUUAGACUACUGGACGAAGGAAAACAGACAUCUUCUCAACAGCUGGAUGUUUUGGUCUCAAUAAAUUCUUUUCGAUGCUUCAUGAUGAAUUUCUUCGAAUAUGCAUUCUCUCUAAGAGCCUUCUUAAUUAUAUCGAAUUCUUCUUCUUGUUUGUCUUUUGAGCACAGAGUUUUUAUUCUAGUGAAUAGCAUCCUGAUUAAACCAUGCUUAUAUAGCUGACACGACAGGAACUAUUGUAGUGAAGGUAUUGACCAAUCCACAUGUCUUUCCAGUGGAUAGUUUUUUCUCAGCUGUACCAUCACAUCUGCGUCUUAUACACUUAGAUCCAAAAAAUGGAAUCUGUCCUCAUUUUUGUAUUUCAUUAUAAAAUUAUUAUUUGGAUGAGCUUGAUUGAAGUUGUCGAAGAACUUUGAUGCAUGAUUCACAAACAAUGAAAGUAUCAUGGACAUACUUGAAGGGAACUAAAUGUAUGAAGUUUCAUUGUUGUUUAAAAUUUUUAUAAAUGCAAUUAAGAAAACACUGCGACUUAGUCUGGUAAAUGUUUUUCACUAGGUUAUAAGGUAUCCCUGUGUUACCUGGUGAUACUAUGCGAUUGCUCAUGCUGAAGUAGGUAGAACAGAAUUUGGACUUGAGAUUCAUUAUUAGAAAGUCGAAUGUUUAUACCACUAAACCAUAUUUUUAUUACUUAAUGGGUACUUCAAAAAUUUAAGUUUAUGAAACAUCACUGCUAAGAGUGAACUAUAUUUGCCUCCAUUGUAAGGGAUAAAUAAAAUAGGAUAUGCUGUACGCUUCAUCCAUUCAAAGUGUGGAAUGUUGUUACGACUUCACUUGUUGUCGCACUUAAUUCGCUAUGUAACGGUGCAUUUAAUGUAACAGCCACCUACCUAGCGUAUUCAUUUACCCUGGGUUUUUUUUUUUGCAACGCUUACCUCUUAAUAUCAUUUCAAUAAUUUCGUGAUUGGUUUGCAAAGAUAUUUUGUUUGAGUAGUUGGGACCACAUAAAGGUAUGUUUCGUUAAAGAAAAUUAAGAAGUUUAAUGUGACAUAUGGCUCGGUUAUGUAUAUUUACCUAAUUCAAAUGAAGUACCUUCAUAAUGUUCAGCUUAAUAGACUAUUAAGAUGUGUGCUCGUUAAGUCAGGCACUUCGCUUCCAACCAAUGAGUUUAUUGUUGACAACCAACUCCUUCUGUAUUCAAGUUCCGUAAGUUAUGUACCAUCAUAGUCCAUUGCACAAGAGAUUAUAGCUUAAUAUCUUGUUACCUAUGUUGUUAUGGCGUUUACAUUUUGAGUAAUAAUAAAGAAUGAACAAUUGAACACACAAACCUCUAUGUGGUUAUCGAAUUCUACACCCACUAUCUAUAAUUUUCAAGUUUGAAUAUCACUAGUCGUCAUUAGUACUAUUAUUACUAUUAUUUUUGUUGAUUUAUUAUAUCUUACAGGGAGAAAAACAAACUAUGCAGUUAUGGAAUGCUCUAUUACUGUCGAUUCAUCCAUCUGGACUUGUAGUUUCUGAUAGUCAAGUAUUAACAAUCUUAUGUCAAUUUAUCCAUCAGCAUAGUCGAUGGAUUCAUAGACGCCGAUUACGUAUAAAUCUAUUAUUACAUUUAACCAAUUUACUUGACUAUGGUUUAAUAUCCUUUGGUCAUUUACGCCAGUUAAUGAUGAUUUAUGAUAAACGUGUACAGGAGUCGAAUACAAACAUCAUUUGUGGUGUUAACACACAAUCAUCAACACUAUCUGAUAUUAAAUUGGGCGACAGUAGUAGACUCUUAUCGAUUCCACUUCCUCCUCAGGCAUUCUCCAUAUCAUCUGGUUCGUGACUAGAAGAUAUGUAUAUGUUAUUUAUCGUUAGUAAUCUUCUUCUUCAAUUUUUCUAAUUUUACUUUAUGAAACACUUACUAUAUCGUUUUGUAUGUGUGGUAUGAUUCAAGCCUUUUAAUUGCAUUUCCUUUGUGUUUUUGUUUUGGUAUAGAUGUUUUUAUAUUUUUGAUC